AUGGUGUAUUCUCUGGUGAUAAAUGAUCUGCCAGUAUCUCCAGUAUCUCCAGUAUCUCCAGUACAUCCAGUACCUCCAGUACCUCCAGUAUCUCCAGAAUCGCCAGUAUCUUCAGAAUCGCCAGUACCUCCAGUACCUCCAGUAUCUCCAGUAUCUCCAGUAUCUCCAGUACCUCCAGUAUCUCCAGUAUCUCCAGUACCUCCAGUAUCUCCAGUAUCUCCAGUACAUCCAGUACCUCCAGUAUCUCCAUACAUCCAGUACCUCCAGUACCUCCAGUAUCUCCAGAAUCGCCAGUAUCUUCAGAAUCGCCAGUAUCUUCAGUACCUCCAGUAUCUUCAGUACCUCCAGUAUCUUCAGUACCUCCAGUAUCUCCAGUAUCUUCAGUACCUCCAGAAUCGCCAGUAUAUUCAGUACCUCCAGUAUCUCGAGUACCUCCAGAAUCGCCAGUAUCUUCAGUACCUCCAGUAUCUCGAGUACCUCCAGAAUCUAUCUCCAGUAUCUUCAGUAUCUCCAGUACCUCCAGUAUCUCCAGUACCUCCAGUAUCUCCAGUAUCUCCAGUACAUCCAGUACCUCCAGUACCUCCAGUAUCUCCAGAAUCGCCAGUAUCUUCAGAAUCGCCAGUAUCUUCAGAAUCGCCAGUAUCUUCAGUACCUCCAGUAUCUUCAGUACCUCCAGUAUCUUCAGUACCUCCAGUACCUCCAGUACCUCCAGUAUCUCCAGAAUCGCCAGUAUCUUCAGAAUCGCCAGUAUCUUCAGUACCUCCAGUAUCUUCAAUACCUCCAGUAUCUUCAGUACCUCCAGUAUCUCCAGUAUCUUCAGUACCUCCAGAAUCGCCAGUAUCUUCAGUACCUCCAGUAUCUCGAGUACCUCCAGAAUCGCCAGUAUCUUCAGUACCUCCAGUAUCUCGAGUACCUCCAGAAUCGCCAAUAUCUUCAGUAAAUCCAGUAUCUUCAGUACCUCCAGUAUCUCCAGUACCUCCAGUAUCUCCAGUAUCUUCAGUACCUCCAGUAUCUCCAGUAUCUCCAGUACCUCCAGUAUCUCCAGUACCUCCAGAAUCGCCAGUAUCUUCAGUACCUCCAGUAUCUCGAGUACCUCCAGUAUCUCCAGUAUCUUCAGUAUCUCCAGUAUCUCCAGUACAUCCAGUAUCUCCAGUAUCCUCAGUAACUCCAGAAUCGCCAGUAUCUUCAGUACCUCCAGUAUCUUCAGUACCUCCAGUAUCUCCAGUACCUCCAGUAUCUUCAGUAUCUCCAGUACCUCCAGUAUCUUCAGUAUCUCCAGUAUCUUCAGUAUCGCCAGUAUCUUCAGUACCUCCAGUAUCUUCAGUACCUCCAGUAUCUCUAGUACCUCCAGUAUCUCCAGUACUUACAGAAUCUCCAAUAUCUCCAGUACCUCCAGUAUCUCCAGUAUCUCCAAGUCCUGCAGAUAUCUGGUCAAGAGUUCGGGCCCUGCCCCGCCGCCGGGAGAAGUGGUUUGUGUCCACAUUUUCGCAACAUUAUGUGGAGCGCACAACCCCUGGUGCAAAGACAUUACCAUAG